AUGAGUAUUUCUUUAGAGACAGCUGCAUUGGUUGAUGGAUUGUUAUUAUGCUUUUUUUAUUUAAUAGUAUUUAUAUUUACAAUUACUAAUAAUUGUUUGAGAUUUGGAAAAAGAUUUAAAAUGAAACAUUUUGAAAACAAAUCAUGUCUUGGACCAAGAAUAGUAUUUAGAAUUGGAAAUUACUUUACUAUUUUAGAUGGAUUAUUAAUGGGUAUUGGAUGUUUAAUAUAUUAUGGAAUAGGAGUUAAUUCAUUUAAUUUUUAUAUGUAUUAUGAAUUAUUAGAUAUCGGAUGUGUCUAUGGAAUAUUAUUUACAUUCUUUUUUACAAUUACUACAGUUAAAAAUCAAUUAUCAAGACUCUUACCUAAUAACAAAAGUUCAUUAACAAAAUGGUUUGAUGGAAUUAAUUCAUUUAAUAUUGGAUUUAGUGUAUGUACUAUUGUAUCAAAUAUUGUGUUAUUAGUUUAUUGUGAAAUAUUAUGGCAGUAUCAAGGAUGUUUUGUACUUGAAGCAUCAUAUACAUCUACAAUAUUUGAAAUAAUGUUUGGAUUUGAAUCAAGUGUUCAUUUUCUUUUAUGUGGUAUAUCAAUGAUAUUUUUUAUUCUUCAUUUACAUGAAAUAUUUAAAACAUUUAUUGAUGUUGAAUUUAAAAAGAUUAAAAGAAGAGAAAUGAUUUGUAGUUUUAUUCUUGUAUUUUCUUUCUUUUGUCGUUGUGUUUUUAAUUUAUUAUUUAAUGGUAUUGCUGUCACUAGAAGUGAAGUCCUUGAAAAAGAUGUUUAUGAUUAUCAUAGAGUCUAUGAAGAUUAUAGAAACCAAUUCCUUAAUGGUCCAACUGACUGGUUUAGUAUUAUUGUAACAGCAAUUACACCAUUGGUCACAAUGCAAAUGAUGGUAGACUAUCCUUUUUAG